AUGCCGCGGCCGGGACGGGGAGCGCCGGCUCUGCGCCUCCCCCGCGAGAGCACGCUGCGCUGCCCUCGCCGAGGCCGGCCCUCCCGGAGCGGGCCGCCGCGCCGGGCCCGCCCCGCCCCGCCCCUUGGCCGCGGGGAGCUGGGGGCGGCGGGAGGGCGCGGGGCAGCCCCGGGCCGUGCGGGGCGGCGGCGGCGGCGGGCGCCCGGCAGCGGGGCCGGCCUGCCCGGGGGUGUCGCCCGCGGCGCUGCUUCGCGGCCCGCCCCCCUCCCGCGGUAUAAAGGUGCGGGCCGAGGGCGCGGAGUAGCUUGUGCGGCGUGCCGAGCGGUCGGGCAGCGUCGCUGGGCGCGGAAGAUGUUGCCGAUCGGGAAGAGCACGAAGCAGGGCAAAAGGGGUAUUCUAGAGCGCUUAGAUGCUGGAGAAAUUGUGGUUGGAGAUGGAGGAUUUGUCUUUGCCCUUGAAAAGAGGGGUUAUGUAAAAGCUGGGCCUUGGACCCCUGAAGCAACUGUAGAACACCCAGAAGCAGUUCGUCAACUUCAUCGGGAAUUCCUCAGAGCUGGAUCAAAUGUUCUGCAGACAUUUACCUUUUAUGCCAGUGAGGACAAACUAGAGAACAGGGGAAAUUAUGUAGCUGAGAAGAUAACUUGCCAGAAAGUUAAUGAAGCUGCAUGUGACAUUGCAAAAGAAGUGGCUAAGGAAGGUGAUGCCUUAGUGGCUGGAGGAGUCAGCCAAACACCAUCAUAUUUAAGCUGCAAGGAUAAAGCAGAGGUCAAAGCAGUCUUUCGAAAACAGCUAGAAGUCUUUAUGAGAAAGGAUGUGGACUUCCUAAUUGCAGAGUAUUUUGAACAUGUUGAAGAAGCUGUCUGGGCAGUUGAAGCUCUAAAAGAAUCUGGGAAGCCAGUUGCAGCUACAAUGUGCAUUGGUCCAGAGGGAGACAUGCAUGGUGUGCCACCUGGACAAUGUGCUGUCCAGCUGGUAAAGGCUGGUGCUUCUAUUGUUGGAGUCAACUGCCAUUUUGACCCAGAUACUUGCCUGAAAACUGUGAAGCUUAUGAAAGAGGGCUUGGAGGCUGCUAAACUGAAAGCAUAUCUGAUGUCUCAACCACUUGCUUUCCAUACACCUGACUGUGGGAAGCAGGGAUUUAUUGAUCUUCCAGAAUUUCCCUUUGGUCUGGAGCCAAGAAUUGUCACUAGAUGGGAUGUUCAAAAAUAUGCAAGAAAGGCCUAUGACUUAGGAAUUCGUUACAUUGGGGGCUGCUGUGGUUUUGAGCCAUAUCACAUACGAGCAAUAGCUGAGGAGCUGGCUCCUGAAAGAGGUUUUCUGCCAGAAGCUUCUGAGAAACAUGGCAGUUGGGGCGACAGCCUCAGCAUGCAUACGAAACCCUGGGUCAGAGCAAGGGCAAGAAAAGAAUACUGGGAGAAUCUGAAGCCUGCUUCAGGCAGGCCAUAUUGUCCUUCACUGUCAAAGCCAGAUGGCUGGGGAGUGACCAAAGGAACCAGAGAGCUGAUGCAGCAGAAAGAAGCAACAACUGAAGAACAGCUGAAGGAGCUCUUUCAGAAACAGAAGUUCUAAUCCACUGCGGUUGCCUAAAUGUUAGAAUGAUUUAUCUACAGAGCAUCUAAUGUUUCACAAGAGAGAAUUAGUGAAGAUGAGUGCAUGUUAACUGAUAAAUUAUCAGGGUAAUGAGAGGGACAUAAUGUGGAGAAAAUGUGGUUACAAAUUAAAUAUGUCAAACUUUGACAAUAAAAUCUUUGUCUGGACAAAUAGUUCAGAAACUAAUCAAGAAGGAGGUUUGGAUUCUCAUAGUAAUUGAGCUACUCUAACUACUAUUCUUUAGCUUAAGUGCCAUUAAUUGGGUAGACACUGAAAUACAUGGAAAAUAUUAAUUGGCUCAACUCACCAGUGAAAAGAAAGAAAAAGCCAUCUGUAAAUACUGUAUCACUGGAUUUCCACUCCUGGUCUGCUUUCAGCUGGGGACUAUGUAGGAUUUUCUUCAGACCUCAGGAUUUGUUGAGGGGAGCUUCAGGCACACGCAAGUUGGUGAUGCUUCAGACACACAGUUAUCAAUAGUCACCUCCUUGACCUCAAGAGAAUAAAAGACGUCUGAAAAAGCCAUCUUGGAAACCGAAUGAAAAGACAAGGAAAAUAAGAAUGGGAUUGUGUAGGAAUUUCUUAUAUGCAGGAGAAAGAUUCAGAGAGAACUUUCAGGAAACAAAAAUGACAGGUAAAUAAAUCUCACUGUUUUGGUGUCAAGUUGCCAUAUAUACAGGAUUUCCUCCUCUGGAGACUAAAAGACUUAAGAGAUGAUUCAGAAAUUUAAAAAACUGAAUAAACAAAAAUAACACAAUGGAAUAGUAAUUGUAUUAUCUGCACACCUUAAAACAUAGUUCAAAAAGAAUAACAUACCUCCAGUAAACAACUGUAAAUUUCAAAUGAAUCAGCUGGGUUUUGGAUAUUUCACUUGAAACACUUGCUUAUCUCAAAAUAGCACUUAAAAACUGAAAGAUUCCUAAAAUAUAGCAAAAUUCCAAAAACUGUUUCUAAGAGUUAUAAAACACAUUCCGUGAUGAUUUUUUUUAGUAGAUUGAUUCAGUGUAGAGAAAAAUACUUGUAAGAAGACAUGGAAAAUACUGUUAGGAAAUAGAUUAAUCCGUCCAAGUUAAAACAAACAAACAAACAAACAAGAACAUUAGUACACUGAACUUGUUGAGACAGGUUUUCUUAGGAAGGACAUCACUACCCUUGGAAACCAUAAAAGAUACAUUUCCAUAGCUUAUUUUGUGAAACACCACAAAAUUUAGAUUUGUCUCUAGAAUCUCAUUCUCACCCAUUCUAUGUUAAAGUCACUACCUUUAUGAAAAAAUUGUUGAAAGCUUUUGUUGGGCUACUUUUUAUCUGUAAGCCCAUGUCAUUAUUGCUAUGUUGAUAUUCUGCAGUCCAGGAAACAUUUUAGUAUGUAACACCUUAAUAGGAAACUUCAAAUAUCCUUUUCAGACUGUUAUUGGCUGACAUGCUUUAGAGAAGCUCAUCUGCCUUCACCAUGUUUGUAACAGGUUGAAAUAGUUAUUACCUGGAGAAUUUGCCUUAAAGCCAAAAACAGACAAAUCAAGAAAGUGGAUACUUUUAAAUGUAGCUUAUUUAGAAAGCAUUCACGUAAGUGUAUUUGGACCACAUUAAACUCCUUUCCUUCCUAAAUCCUUCUGCAAGUCCUCCCUGCAGAAAGUGGAAUGAUGCAAAAUCUGCAAAACAAAAAAGUUAGAUCUUUGAUCACCACCCAAAUGCCCACAGCAUGAAUGAGGUAUGCAUGACAAGGUGGCUUAAAAUACAAUCUGCAAUUGCUAAAGAAGUGCUUCAAGCAAUCAUUACCAGUUUAGGGACUUCCUGAGGCAAAGGAUGCAGCUGGACUGUUUUAAAAAAAUUCAAUAUUCAAAAAAUUCCAGUUGAAGAGAAUAUGAGAUCAUUUCACAAAUUAGAUGUUUAAGAACCAUGGCAUAUAAGAAGAUGCUCAAAUACAAUUUUAGGCACAUACUUUUAGAUAUCCAGUUAAAAAAGGACGAAAUUUUAACAGACACUAAUGAUGACAGGAAACGCUGUAAAGAAGUUUUGAAGCCAUUCAAGUUGAGAGCUGACCCAAUAGGGAGGCUACCCAAUCUCUGUUUGAUACUUAUCAUUGGCUGGGCUUAGAAAGGCAUUGACCAUGGGAUGAAAAUUAGUUGAGAGGGUGUUCCUUAUUGAUCUUUCUGUGAUACACCACUAAAGAGCCUGCAAACCAUUGGGAAGAAAAAAGGGAGCAGUAAAGCAAACAAAGCUUUUUUUUCCCAUUUCUUUUUGUGCAAAAUCUUGGUGAGGGAUAAGGGAACUGUUAGCUUUGUUAAAGCUUUCCACUGGUCUAUUACGUGACCCAUUAAGUAAACAUGACACAGACAGCACAAUCCCAGAAAACUUGUUUCCUUAAGAAGUCUGUCUGAAAACUUUGAUAAUUAAAACUGAAAGGGGCUUUAGAAGGUCACCUAGUGAGUGUAUUUAUUAUCCUAAGGCAGGAUGAGCUAAUCCUAGGAGGUAUUUGUCCAAUCUGUUCAGAAACACAUCUGCUGAUGGAGAUUCCAUGCCAUCCCCAGGCAAUCUGAUUAUUCCACUCUCCUUAGCAUUUUUUUCCUAGUUGGAAUUCGUUGAUGAAAUUUAAAUCCAUUAUUUCUUUCCAGUUCGUUAUGAAUAUGAAGAAUUUAUUCCCUCUGAGGGUUUACAUACAUUUCUUGUUUCACUCUCUUGAUUAAACAGUCCUUGUUCAUUCA